GUUUGCCUGUUUGCCCAGAGCUGACUCGAGAACACAUUCCUAAAACCAGGGAUGUGGGUCACUUUUUGUCUGUUACUGGGACUGUCAUACGUACCAGUUUGGUGAAAGUUUUGGAGUUUGAACGGAGUUAUAUCUGCAAUAAGUGCAAGCAUGUGUUUGUCGUCAAGGCUGACUUUGAACAGUACUACGCAUUCUGUCGUCCAUCAACCUGUCUUAAUGAAGAAGGCUGCAACUCAACCAACUUCACGUGUCUCUCUGGAACAACCUCUUCUCCUACCUGCUGCAGAGACUAUCAAGAAAUCAAAAUUCAGGAACAGGUUCAAAGGCUGUCUGUGGGAAGCAUCCCUCGUUGCAUGGUGGUUGUUCUGGAAGAUGACUUAGUGGACAGUUGCAAGUCUGGAGAUGACAUCACAGUGUAUGGAGUGGUAAUGCAGAGGUGGAAACCUUUCCACGAGGGUGCACGCUGUGACUUGGAGCUUGUUUUGAAAGCCAACUACGUUAAAGUAAACAAUGAGCAGCUAGCAGGGGUUUUAAUUGAUGAAGAAGUCCGCAAGGAAUUUGAAGACUUCUGGGAAAGGCAUAGGAAUGAUCCCUUAGCAGGGAGGAAUGAAAUUUUGGCUAGCUUAUGUCCUCAAGUAUUUGGAUUGUACCUGGUGAAGCUGGCUGUAGCCAUGGUGCUUGCUGGAGGUGUACAGAGGACUGAUGCUACUGGAACUCGAAUCAGAGGUGAAUCGCAUCUUUUGUUGGUUGGAGACCCAGGUACGGGGAAAUCUCAGUUUCUCAAGUAUGCAGUGAAGAUUAUACCACGCUCUGUGCUUACUGCAGGAAUUGGAUCUACAAGUGCAGGUAUGUCCCAGCUGGCUCUGAAUGCCAGGUAUCUCUACAAACUCUUCUGGGGAUAA